CCAAUUCUGUUAGAUGGUGAUACAAAGUGAAGUUGGCACGUUGACUCCAAACAAUUUUAUACAAAAAUAACCCAGAAAUCUUAAAAUAACGCAAAAUAAGUGUUUGUUAUUAAUUAAAUUAAUUAAUAAUGCUUUAUUAUUAAUCAAACGAAUCGUUCCAAAUAACCAGGUAAAAAUUAAGGUAUUUCCUCUCAAAAAUGGAAACGGAUGAAGCGCAAAGUAUCCCCGCCGAGGAAACCCCAACUCAGCCCUUAAUGGGGGAAACCUCGAUGGAUAUUGAGCCAGAAAUGAUGAGCGACGAAAAAAUAGAGGAGCCCCAAAUCCCGUUGGAAGAAACCGAACCUUUACCAGCUUUACCAAGUGGUGAUAUGGAUAUGGAGGUAGACCAGCAAGAACAAGACCAAGAAACUCCUUUAGAACAAGAAGGUGUUGUUUUACCAGUUGAAAACAACGAAAUAACCCCACAAAAUGAAUCAGAAGACCAAGUUGAUAGUUUAACGAACGAGGAAGGCGAAAAAGAAGUUGAUGAAGUUGAAAAAGAAGAAAUGCAACAAAUUGAUGGAGGAAAUGAAACUCCAGGAGAACUUGGAACUGAAAAUUUAGACAUAAAACCACGUUUGGAGGAUUUGGAGCAAUUACAAGAUGAAAUGGAACAACAAGAAUACACUCCCCAAGAAGAGAAAGGUGAGAAUGAACCAAAUGAACUAAAUGAUGAGGUUAAAAAAGAACCUGAAGAGGAAGAUUUACCGCCUUUAGACGAUGUUGCGCAAAUUCAAAUGAAUAAUGAAAAUAUUCGGUCGUUACCGCCUCAAGAAGAGAAUCAACAGGAAGAAGAAGAAAAGGAAGAAUCGCGAAAUGACGUUGAAAAUGCUCUCUCAGCUUUAGCAACGGCCGCAAUUGAUCACGCGAAAGAAACUGAAAUAAAACAAGAAAUGGAGCAGAAAGAUCCCAAAGAAAUUUGGCACACCGUAGGGUUUAUUAAAGGGACGAGUUUUAACGUUCAAGAAUAUUUUUAUUUAGACGAUUCAACCGAUUUCACCGAAGAUCAACUCCCUGACACAACGGGAUUCCCCCGAAUCGCUUUAGAACCGGGAACCGCAUACAAAUUCCGCGUCGCCGCGAUUAACUCGGUCGGACGAAGCAAUUGGAGCGAAGUUUCCGCGUUUAAAACUUGCGUCCCCGGAUUUCCAAGCGCUCCAUCGGCGAUUAAAAUUGCUAAAAGUGCUGAUGGGGCUCAUAUUUCUUGGGAACCACCGAAGGGGUUGAUUACGGAGUACUCGGUUUAUUUGGCGGUGAGAAAUUCGAAAGAAAAUGUAACUCCCGCUUCAAUGGCUUUUGUACGAGUUUACGCGGGGCCGAGUAAUUCGUGUGUUGUGCCCCUUUCGUCGUUAUCGACGGCUCAUGUUGAUACAACGACGAAAUCGGCGAUUAUUUUUCGAAUUGCCGCGAGGAACGAGAAAGGUUAUGGCCCCGCUACGCAAGUUAGGUGGUUACAAGAGACGGCGAAUAAAGCGGUGAAAAGACCGAAUGAUGAUGGGCAAGGUGGUGUUAAGAAGACUAGGGCUGAUUAAGAUGAGAAUUUUUAAGGAAAAAAUUAUUUUAAGAAUUUUAAAUGAUGAUUUUUAUUGAUGCAAACUUAGUUAUAAAUAUAAUGUUUAGUGUUUAAAACGAUUUUGGAAUAUAAUAAUAAUAUAAGUGUAGAGAAAAA